CGCUGUUGUCAACCUAUGAUAUAAACUCACGAGAAUAUUUUUCAAAAAUAGGCCUAGCAAAAAUAGAAAAGAAAAGUAAAUUAUAUAGGUGCAAAGUAUUUCAUUAAACAUGAAUGUGAAUAUUUCUAAGCAUUUAAGAAUUGUUGCCAGAAACCCCACUACAUUUAUUAGAUUAUACUCAACGAAUAACUCUGAUAAAAAUGGUGUGAAUUAUUGCGCUAAUGUUGUAAGACAGCAUGACUAUGAGAAUUUUCUAGCUACGCUUUUGAUGACAAAGGCCAUACGCUCACCAGCAUUAGUGGUUAGAGCAUUUAAUGUAGAAGUAGCCAGAGUCCAAGAUGUAACUUCAGAUCCUAAGGUUGCAGACUUCCGUCUUCAGUUUUGGUUAGAUACCCUAAAUGAAAUUUAUAACCCAGGCCAAUCAUUAAAAAAUAUACCUGCAAAUCCCGUGGCACAAGAAUUAUAUAAGGUUUGUAGCACUUAUAAACUUCCAAGAAGACAUCUAGAAAAACUAAUUUCAUCUAGAAGCACAUUAUUGAAAACUAAAUAUUUCCGAAGCAUGGAAGAUGUGGAAAGAUAUGCUGAGGAUACUGUAUCAUCAGUAUUCUACCUUAUUUUAAGUAUUGCCAAUGUUAAGAGUGUGUACGCUGACCAUGCCGCAUCUCAUCUCGGAAAAGCUCAAGGCAUAGUCAACAUUCUAAGAUCUUUACAAGUAUCCAGCCAUCACAAAAUGGUAUCUCUACCUAUGGAUAUUCUUAUGAAAAAUGAUAUUAGCCAAGAGACUGUACUGAGAUGUAUAGACAGUGACAAAAUGAGGAAUGUGACCUUUGAAAUAGCCAGCAGAGCUAAUCAUCAUUUGACCAAGGCUAGAAGUAUCACAGUACCUAAAAUAGUUAAUCAAAUAUUACUGCCCGCAGUAUUUGUGGAUGCAUAUCUGCAAAAGCUACAAAUACAACAUUUCAACGUUUUUAGUAAAAUAUUACAGCUCAGAACUCCCACUUUACCAUUUCAGCUAUACUACAAAAGGUUACUGAAUAAAUAUUAA